AUGACAAUACAGCAAGUCCUAUUACUUCUGCUGCUCUGGAUGUGGCUGCCACAUCCCUGCCAUACAGAAAUGCUCUUCAGAAGGACUCCUGAUCUCAGACCCAAAAGCUUUGGAGGACGUGCUUUAGGGAAUGAUGGGAAAACAGUUCACCGCCAGAAGAGAGGCUGGAUGUGGAAUCAGUUUUUUCUUUUAGAGGAAUACACAGGAUCUGAUUAUCAGUAUGUAGGCAAGCUUCAUUCUGACCAGGAUAAGGGGGAUGGAUCCCUCAAAUACAUUUUGUCAGGAGAUGGGGCUGGUACUCUUUUUAUAAUUGAUGAGAAAACAGGAGAUAUUCAUGCAACUCGGAGAAUUGACAGGGAAGAGAAAGCCUUUUACACCCUGCGUGCCCAAGCUAUCAACAGAAGGACUCUGAGACCAGUGGAACCUGAAUCUGAAUUUGUCAUCAAGAUCCAUGACAUCAAUGACAAUGAACCAACAUUUCCAGAAGAAAUUUACACUGCUAGUGUUCCUGAAAUGUCAGUAGUAGGUACUUCUGUGGUCCAAGUUACAGCUACUGAUGCCGAUGACCCUUCAUAUGGAAACAGUGCCAGAAUAAUUUACAGCAUACUUCAAGGGCAGCCAUAUUUCUCUGUGGAACCAGAAACAGGCAUCAUCAGGACUGCAUUGCCGAACAUGAACAGAGAGAACAGGGAGCAGUACCAAGUAGUUAUCCAGGCAAAGGACAUGGGAGGCCAGAUGGGUGGAUUAUCAGGAACCACCACCGUGAACAUCACACUGACUGAUGUCAACGACAAUCCACCUCGCUUCCCCCAGAGUACCAUCCAUCUCCGCAUUCCUGAGUCCUCCCCAGUUGGGACAGCCAUUGGCAGUGUUAAAGCCACAGAUGCGGACACUGGAAAGAAUGCAGAAGUAGAGUACAGAAUUAUAGAUGGCGAUGGGACUGAUAUGUUUGAUAUUGUGACACAGAAGGACACACAGGAAGGCAUCAUCACUGUGCGAAAGCCACUGGACUAUGAGACAAGACGACUUUAUACUUUGAAAGUAGAAGCUGAAAAUACCCAUGUGGAUCCCCGUUUCUAUUACCUUGGGCCUUUCAAAGACACAACUAUUGUGAAAAUCUCCGUAGAAGAUGUAGAUGAACCUCCUGUUUUCAGCAGGUCUUCUUACCUUUUUGAGGUGCAUGAAGAUAUUGAGCUGGGGACAAUAAUAGGAACAGUAAUGGCACGGGAUCCUGAUUCUGCCUCAAGUCCAAUAAGGUUUUCUCUGGAUCGUCACACUGACCUUGACAGGAUAUUUAACAUUCAUUCUGGAAACGGCUCCAUCUAUACUUCUAAGCCACUUGACCGUGAGAUAUCCCAAUGGCACAAUCUCAGUGUUAUAGCAGCUGAGAUUAAUAACCCCAAAGAUACUACUCGUGUUCCUGUCUAUGUAAGAAUUUUGGAUGUUAAUGACAAUGCCCCACAGUUUGCUGUAUUCUACGACACUUUUGUCUGUGAAAAUGCAAGAGCUGGACAGCUUAUUCAAACCAUAAGUGCAGUAGACAAGGAUGACCCUCUUGGUGGACAAAAAUUUUUCUUCAGUUUAGCUGCUGUUAACCCUAACUUCACUGUUCAGGAUAAUGAAGAUAACACCGCCAGGAUUCUGACGAGAAGGAACGGCUUUAGUCGACACGAGAUAAGUACGUACCUUCUCCCGGUGGUGAUAUCGGACAACGACUACCCGAUCCAGAGCAGCACGGGCACGCUGACCAUCCGGGUGUGUGCCUGCGACAGCCGGGGGAACAUGCAGUCCUGCAGCGCCGAGGCCCUGCUCCUGCCCGCCGGCCUCAGCACCGGGGCGCUGGUGGCCAUCCUCCUCUGCAUCAUCAUCCUGCUAGUUAUAGUGGUGCUAUUUGCUGCUCUGAAGAGGCAACGAAAGAAGGAGCCUUUGAUCCUCUCUAAAGAGGACAUCAGAGACAACAUUGUGAGCUACAAUGACGAAGGCGGUGGAGAGGAAGACACCCAAGCCUUUGAUAUCGGCACCCUGAGGAAUCCUGCAGCUAUCGAAGACAAGAAGCUGCGGCGAGACAUUAUCCCUGAAACGUUGUUUGUGCCACGGAGGACUCCUUCGGCACCAGACAACACGGAUGUCCGAGAUUUCAUUAACCAAAGGCUAAAAGAGCACGACACUGAUCCCUCUGCGCCGCCGUACGACUCGCUUGCAACCUAUGCCUACGAAGGGAACGAUUCCAUAGCUGAAUCCUUGAGCUCCUUGGAGUCAGGUACUACCGAAGGAGACCAAAACUAUGAUUACCUCCGAGAGUGGGGGCCUCGGUUUAAUAAGCUAGCUGAGAUGUACGGUGGAGGAGAAAGUGACAAAGACACUUCUUAA